AUGCUAAGGAAAGGGGCUACGAAUUUAAUAUUUAAAGAACUUUGUAAUGAUGAUCCCCGAGAAUAUAAAGCAGUGAUGAGAAUGAAGCCGUCACAAGUGGAAAUACUCUUAAAUUUUAUUGGUACUAAAAUGCCACGUGAAGAUACACAUAUGAGGAAUGCAAUGCCUGCAACAGUGAAGUUGGAAAUAACUUUUGAUAUAAGUGGAGGUCAGAAAUUACUGCAUUACCAAGCAAUAACAGAGGAAAUGCGUACUAAAUAUAAAAAUUAUUACUGUGACGAAAGAGCAGUUUCCUGGCAAGAAAAUACGAUGAAUUAA